AUGACACUUACCGAAACAACACAGUCUUUACUUGAGAAGGAAGACGACUUAAGUUUUCAAGAGAUAAUUGCCGCCUCACAAACUUUUGUGAGUCAACCACAACAGCCACAGCCUCCAACUCCGACAACGAAUACCUCCGGUUUUAAUUUAAACCCAGAGACAUCAGUUCCUGAUAGACAUUUGCGAGCUAGGAAGCCUAAGAAUAAAACUAGUUCAGAUAAUUUUAUUUUCGCUGACGCUUCUGACAUGUCCUUACUUAAUGGUUCGACUCCUUCUUUGGCCAGUAUCGCAAAUAUACAUAGUAAUAACGCUACCAAUUCAAAUUCUCAAAAUCGAUCAAUAAAUUCAUCGAAAAAUGAUCGUAAACAACACCGAGAGAGAUCAGAUAAUCAAGAUAUACCUACAGGACCUCCGGAAAUGAUGAGAGAUCCUACUACCGAAUCAUUCUCCACUCACGCUUAUAGUUGGCCCAUUGCUUUUGCUGUAGUUCCACCAAUGGGUGCUCUUAUUUAUGGCAAAUCUGAUGUAUGGAGUGAUUUCCUUUUAUUGUUAUUGAUCGCUUUUUACCUUUACAAUAUUAUUAAAGUUCCUUGGGAACUUUAUUACGCGGCUAGAUCUAGACGGGUUGUGAAUGAAAACCUUACCGACCAGGCUGAUGAUCCUGCCCAAGAAGAACUACGAAAUAAAGCUUCUAAAGAACUUCGUCGUCAAGAAUUAUGGGCUUUAUUACUUGUGAUAGUUUCCCCAAUUAUUGGAGGAUACGCUUUGCAUUGCGCAAAAUUGUAUCUGACAGAUUAUGACAAAUACAUUUCUCAUUUCAAUAUAAUCCUUUUUGUGUUUGCUGCCGGCAUUCGUCCUUUAAUGCAUAUUACUAGUCUUGCAAAAAAUAGAACUUUGUACCUUCAAGAACAAGUUCACUAUCCAAGUACGGAGGUUGAAUUGUUGAAACGACGUGUUCAACAUUUAGAAUAUGAAUUCUCUCAAUUACGUCGCGGAUUCGCUACGAAAAAAGACGUUAUCAAUGUAAGAGAUGGAUUCGAACCUACUCUUUCACAGUUGAAUAAAGCAGUGAGAAGAUAUGAGAAAAAAGAACAAUUUCUUCGAAAUUAUUCAGAAGAAAGAUUUGCUUAUUUGGAAUCCAAGUUACGAGAAUAUGAUAGUUUUAUUUCUUACAAGAUACAAGAAGAACAGGCAACGACUAUUUCACGUAGUAUGACGCAAAUUAUUCUUUUGCCAUUCAACAUCGCGAAAUAUUUUGUACCUCGAUCAUUGCGUAAACAAAAACCAAUGAAAGACAAUAAGGGUCAACUAAGAUCGACCUCAGCAAGCUUGAUAAAAAAUAAAAAGCCAGCUGCAGCACAGAGUAACCUUCUUUCGUUUCUCAAAAAGGAGUUACCUACUCCAGCAGAUUCAAGUAGUAAAAGAAAAGUUUCUGAGGAACCCGAGUUACCUCUAACUCCUGUAACUCCUAGCUCUCGCCGUGAGAAAACGGUGCAAAAAUUUGAUAACGAAUCGAUAAAUGAUAUAGAAACCACUAGUACUGCUGAAGAAAUUGGGGAAUCAACCUCGGAAGUGAGAGUUUUAAGACGAAGAGUUAAACGUAAAAUUUAUGUUUCGUCUGGUGAUGAUGAUUCGGAUGAUGUCCUCGAUCUCGUAGAUUCUCCAAUACCAGAGAAACCUCGUGUUCAAAAGAAAACUUCCCCUCGACAAAGAAAGGCUAAAAAUGACGACGAUGAUUAUGAGCAAGGAAGCGAUGAUUCUGUCAUGAACGAUACGAACGAUGUAGCUCUAGUUGCUAGCGAUGACGAAGAUAAUUCAACGCGCGUGAUUAAUAAGUUCUCUCAAAGAGAUCAAAAUGGAAAAUCUGCCUCUAAACUAAAGGCAUUUGCCUCGAAUUCAUCUGUUCGUCGUGGCCCAAGCUUCUCAUCUUCAACUCAUAUGACCAACACCGAGAAAAAGAAGCAACGUGCUGCAGAUUUUAAAGUAAAGAAUGAUGAACGAUACAGUUGGUUGCAAGAUGUUCGCGAUAUAGAUGGAAAUCCCGAAGGAUCACCUAAUUACGACCCACGUACUUUGUAUAUUCCUAAAUCUUCUUGGGACAAGUUCACUCCAUUUGAAAAACAAUUCUGGGAAAUAAAAUCUAAUCAUUGGGAUACCGUCGUAUUCUUCAAGAAAGGAAAAUUUUACGAAUUAUAUGAGCGUGAUGCAGAUAUAGGUCACACGGAAUUCGAUCUUAAACUCACAGACCGUGUUAAUAUGCGAAUGGUUGGUGUGCCCGAAUUUUCUUUUGAACAUUGGGCAGCUCAGUUUAUUGCAAAAGGUCAUAAAGUUGCGAGGGUUGACCAAAUGGAAACAGCGCUAAGCAAAGAGAUGCGCGAAAAAGCGACCAAGAAAAAGGAGGAAAAAGUUAUACGACGUCAGUUAACUUCUAUCCUUACCGCCGGAACUCUUGUAGAUGGUGGAUUGUUGACUAAUGAAAUGUCAACUUAUUGCAUGUCAAUUAAAGAGUCUUGUCCAACCGAAAACGAUCCACCUGCUUACGGUAUAUGUUUUGUUGAUACUGCGACUGGCGAAUUUAAUCUCGCGUCAUUUGUUGAUGACAUUGAUCGAACUCAAUUCGAAACUUUGAUCAUGCAAGUGAAACCAAAAGAAAUAGUGUAUGAAAAAGGAAUGCUUAAUAAACGUUCGCAACGUAUUUUAAAAACCUGUAUUAAUUGUCCCAUAUGGACCGGGCUCAUACCUGAAAGAGAAUUUUGGGAUGCAAAUGCUACUUGGGAUGAAAUAAGAUUUUCUCGAUAUUUUUCCAAUAAACAAAAUUUAACUGAGAAAGAUGACGACGACGAUGAGACGAUGGAAGAUGGUGAUAAUGGAUAUGACCCAGAAAUUUGGCCUGAAGCCAUUAAAGCAGCUCGGAACAAGCCUUUGAUGAUGUCCGCAUUAGGUGGACUCAUUUGGUAUUUACGUUCGUUGAAGCUUGAUGAAGAAUUAGUAUCAUUACGAAAUUUCAAAUUAUAUGACCCAAUUCGUCAUAGUGCUUCGCUUAUCCUCGACGGUCAGACCUUGGCAAAUCUCGAAAUUUUCGAAAAUAAUUUGGAUGGAAGCGAUCAAGGAACUGUGUUCAAAUUGCUGAAUCAUUGCGUCACGCCAUUUGGUAAAAGAACCUUUAAACAAUGGUUAUGUCAUCCGCUUCGAAAUGUAGAAGAUAUCAACGAACGAUUGAAUGCAAUUGAAGAAUUAAAUAAACAUUCGGAUUUUCGUGAAUUAUUUGACGAAACAUUUAUGCAUUUUCCAGACCUGGAAAGAUUAAUCAGUCGGAUUCAUGCAGGAACAUGCAGAGUAAAAGACUUCUUGCUCGUAUUAUCCGCUUUCGAAAAAUUAAUGGCAGUGGUAACAAAGCUUGGAGUCUAUGCAAAAAAAUUUUAUUCGGACAAAUUGCUUGGAUUAUUUAGAAAUGUACCCGACUUAUCUUCCAUAUUGUUAUACUUUAAGGAAGCUUUCGAUCAUGAUCAAGCCGAAAAAGAGGGGAAAUUAAUACCUUAUCAUGGUAUUGAACAGGAUUAUGAUACAAUUCAACAAAAACUUAGCGCGGUUGAGAAGUUAUUAGACGAUCACUUAAAAGAGACAAGAAAAUUAUUGAAGUCCGAUAAGAUUAUAUAUAAGGAUAUUGGAAAGGAAAUCUAUCAGCUAGAAGUUCCAAAUAACAUAAAAGUCCCACAUGAUUGGAAAAAGUUAUCUCGUACACAGAAAGUUAAUCGUUAUUGGAAUUCAACUCUCCAAAAACUCGUAAGAGACCUUCAGGAGGCACUUGAAACUAAAUCUAACACAUUGAAAACUUUGCAAGGAAGAUUUUAUGAAAAGUUUGAUGUUCACUACCAGGAGUGGUUAUCUGCUAUUAGAAUCAUUGCCGAGAUCGACUGCUUGCUUAGCUUGUCUACGAGUUCAAAGGCAUUGGGCGAACCAUCAUGUCGUCCUCAAUUUGUGCAAGAUGGGCCGAACGUCUUGGAAUUCGAGGAACUAAGACACCCUUGUGUUACAGCUGGUGUCGCAACAGAUUUCAUACCUAAUGAUACCUCCUUAGGAGGAAAUGAGCCAAAUAUAAUAUUGUUGACCGGUCCUAAUAUGGGUGGAAAGUCUACCCUCUUGCGUCAGAAUUGUGUAGCAAUAAUUAUGGCACAAUUGGGGUGCUAUGUGCCAGCGAAAAGGUGUCGAAUGACACCCUUUGAUAGAAUUUAUACACGCAUUGGUGCAAAUGAUAACAUUCUGGCAGGACAAAGUACUUUCAUGGUAGAAUUAAGCGAAACUUCAAAGAUUCUACAUGAAGCGACUCCAAGAUCUAUGGUCAUUCUUGAUGAAUUAGGUCGUGGUACAUCAACUUUUGAUGGGUAUGCAAUUGCCUAUUCUGUUUUACAUUAUUUGGCGACGUACAUUGGUUGUUUGGGAUUAUUUUCUACUCAUUACGGCAUGUUAACGCAAGAGUUUGCCAAGAAUCCCAAUAUCGCUCUCAAACACAUGAGCUGUCAAGUGGACCAACAUAAAAAGGAGGUUACGUUUCUUUAUAAAUUAGUAGCUGGUGUGUGUCCUAAAUCAUAUGGAAUGAACGUGGCUAGUAUGGCGGGAGUUCCACGAGGAAUUGUAGAUCGUGCAGAAGUUGUUGCUGCCAAAUUUGAACAAACUUCUCACUUGUAUGAUACUUUGACUGCAAACGGCUCUAAUAUUGCGAUUACGGCGCAAUGCGAUUUCGCAUAUUUAUUGAAAUCUGCGUUUAAGAAAAUAGGUUCAUCUGAAGAUGAUGUCGGUGAUAGGGCAUUGGAUAAUCAGACUGAACAUGAAAAAGAGGCGAGACAGACUAGAGUUUUGAAAGCCAUUAUACGUAGUAUUAGAGAGAUGUGA